AUGGAGUCCCUGGAGGCGCUCGUGGCGCACAUCCAGGGCCUCUCCGGCAGCCCCGAGGAGGUGGCGCACCUCCACAGCCUCCUCAAGCAGGCGGACGGCGACUCCCUGCGCGCCCACGCCGCCGCGCUCGUCCCCUUCCUCGCGCACCUCAGCCCCGAGACCCACUCCCUCGGCUACCUCUACCUCCUGGAGGCGUGCGCGACCUCCGGUUCCAAUCUGAGCGAGUUCGGCGGCGGGGACUUCCUGGUCACCAUCGCCGGCUUCCUCACCGCGUGCUCGGCGGACCAGAUACGCCUGGCGCCCGACAAAUUCCUGAAUGUGUGUAGGGUGCUCAAGGAUCAGGUGAUGCAGCUCAACAUGCCCAUCAGAGGGAUUGCCCCGCUGCGGACGGCGGUCCGUAAGAUCCAGUCCUCGCCCGAGCAGCUGACCCCGGUCCACGCGGACUACCUUCUCCUGUGCCUGCUGGCGAAGCAGUACAAGGCUGGCCUCAGCAUCCUGGAAGAUGACAUAUUCGAAGUCGAUCAGCCAAAGGACCUGUUCCUCUACUGCUACUACGGAGGGAUGAUUUACAUUGGGCUCAAGAAGUUUCCUAAAGCUUUGGAGCUUCUUCACAAUGCUGUUACUGCCCCAAUGUCAAUGUUGAACGCGAUUGCUGUAGAAGCUUACAAGAAGUAUGUCCUAGUUUCACUCAUUGUGAAUGGACAGGUCCCAUCAUUUCCUAAGUAUACAUCCGUAUCAGCUCAAAGGAGUAUGAAAAAUCACGCCCAGUUUUAUGUUGAGCUAUCUACAAGCUAUAGCAACGGUCGCUACACUGAUUUAGAGACAUUUGUCCAAGCAAAUUCAGCAACAUUUCAAUCUGACAACAACCUAGGGCUGGUGAAGCAAGUGCUCUCCUCGAUGUACAAACGGAACAUCCAAAGGCUGACCCAGACUUACUUGACUCUUUCACUUGAAGAUAUUGCUAGGUCUGUUCAACUUGAAACACCAAGGGAUGCUGAAAUGCAUGUACUUCGCAUGAUCGAAGAUGGAGAGAUCCAUGCAACCAUAAACCAGAAGGAUGGAAUGGUCAGCUUUCAUGAAGAUCCUGAACAAUAUAAAAGUGUUGAGAUGGUGGAGCAUAUUGACUCGUCUAUCCAGAGAUUGACGGCAUUGUCCAAGAAGUUGGCUUCAAUUGAUGAGAACAUGUCAUGCGAUCCUGCAUAUUUGAUGAAGACGGGAAGGGAUCGUGGAAGAUUCGAUGGAAGGUUCGACUACGAUGACUAUGACUCUGUUCCGCACAAGUUUUUUUGA